AUUCGUACCAUUUGCAGAGAGAGAGAACACGUAGUAGAAUUUGGUCCGUGUGUGGACGAAGGACACAGGAACGAACACGAUGGUCGUUGCAACUUCUUCUUAAAGUUCUUCAAUCAUUUGGCUUCAAAUUUCUUCUCGGGCGUUGAAUUUCGUCUCAGAGAAGAGUUGGAUUCCGUUUCUGCAUUGGCUAUGGCCGAGCCUUCGUCGAGUCUGCCCAUGGAUUCUCUCGGCGACAUCGACGACUACAUUUGGGCCAAUGAAGGAGAGGGCUCAUUGCCAUGGGACAUGUUUAGUCAUGUUUUUGAAUUUGUGCAAAAAGGGAAUCAAGCAUUUAGAGAUAGUCACUUUGAAGAGGCGAUCAAAUAUUACUCGAGAGCUAAUAACAUCAAACCAGGUGAUCCAGUUAUUCUCAACAAUAGAAGUGCUGCUUAUAUCAGGGUUAGUCAAUAUCUGAAAGACAGACCACCAUCUGCUUCUGAAUAUCGACCUUUGAAUGGGUUGGAUCCUACAAUACAUGCUGAACUGGCUCUAAAAGAUGCUGAGAAGCUGAUGGACCUAUGCAGUAAAUCAGUGAAACCAUAUAUUCUGAAGGCCAAUGCUCUCAUUCUCCUUGAAAAAUAUGACAUGGCAAAGGAUAUUAUUCUUUCUGGCCUUCAAAUUGACCCUCUAAGCAAUCCUCUUCAGGCUUCUCUUCAGACGUUGGAGAGAAUAGCUGUGAGUAUGAUGGGAAGGGGACGCCAAGGGCUACCAGAUCGUACUGACGACUUUGAUUGCACCCUUUGUCUUAAGCUUCUUUAUGAACCCAUCACAACUCCUUGUGGGCAUUCCUUUUGCCGUUCUUGCUUAUUUCAGUCCAUGGAUCGUGGUAAUAAAUGUCCCCUGUGCCGAACAGUUCUCUUUAUCAGUUCGAGAACAUGUGCAAUCAGUGUUACACUGAGCAACAUUAUACAAAAGAACUUCCCAGAGGAGUAUGCUGAAAGGAAGUCAGAAAAUGAUGGUUUGACAAAUUUAGGUGUCGAUUUAAUGCCUCUUUUUGUCAUGGAUGUUGUUAUCCCCUGUCAGAAAUUUCCACUCCACAUAUUUGAACCCCGCUACAGACUUAUGGUCAGGAGGGUAAUGGAAGGAAAUCAUCGUAUGGGAAUGGUUAUUGUGGAUUCUACCACUGGUUCUGUUGCUGAUUUUGCAUGUGAAGUGGAAAUUACCGAGUGUGAGCCACUUCCAGACGGACGUUUCUAUCUAGAGAUUGAAAGUCGUCGAAGAUUUCGCAUUAUUAGAUCUUGGGACCAAGAUGGGUAUCGAGUGGCAGAGAUCGAAUGGGUCAGUGAUGUAAUUCCCCCAGAAGGGACAAGAGAACUGGCAGAAUUGCAGGAGAUGACAAAUAAUGCAGCAGAUUACGCUAGGUCAUGGAUAAGGAGGGCAAAAGAAGCAUCUAGACGAGGAUUUUUGACAGAUCCCAGAAGACAUGAUAAACUUCUUAACGUGGAAGCAAUGAUGCCCUCAUCACGAGAUCCUGAACGGUUUAGCUUCUGGCUUGCUACCCUCUCAAAUCGGAGGCCCCUGGAAAGAUUAGAACUUUUACAAAUGACAGAUACAAGUGAGAGGAUAAGGCGUGGACUUGUAUAUCUCAAAGCAGAAGAACAGGGCUGUCAGAUGCAAUGAAAACAGCUGUAAUCUCUGCUGGUCAAGUUUUUCUGCAGAUUAUGAUUGACCAUUAAGAAGUUGACAUUCGAAACUCAACAUUCUUUGGUUCAUAUACGCACAUAAUUUAUCAUAUUAUAAAGUUCUCCUUGAAGAAAAAAUUGUGGUCACCUUAUGUAUUCCACUGUAUUUUUUUACAGCUUUAUGAAAAUUCCAAUCUUCCCUAUAUCUCUGAACAAUAGCUUAAGGGAAAAUUUGAUGUCAUUCGAAGUAAAUUUACAGAGACAUUUGAAACAAGAGAAUAUAUAGUACCUUUGUUUGCUGC